GCCCUGGGGCCGCCCCGAGCCCCCGGGGACAGGGACGGCCACUGGACCAGCCAUGGGCCCCGGACGCUGCUGCUGCUGCUUCCCCCUUGUUGCAAGUCUCAUCAUCCUUCAUUUCUGUGGGGCAACAAAAAAAGGAAUAGAAAAGCAAACCACUUCAGAAGCCCAGAAAACAGUGCAAUGUGGAUCUUGGACAAAACAUCCAGAUGGAGGCAUCUUCACAUCUCCCAAUUACCCCAGCAAGUACCCACCUGACAGAGAGUGCAUCUACAUCAUUGAAGCUGCCCCCAGACAGUGCAUUGAACUGCAUUUUGAUGAAAAAUACUCUAUAGAACCUUCUUGGGAGUGUAAGUUUGAUCACAUUGAAGUACGCGAUGGACCUUUUGGCUUUUCUCCAAUUAUUGGACGUUUCUGUGGACAGCAAAAUCCACCUAUAAUAAAAUCCAGUGGCAGAUUCCUGUGGAUUAAAUUUUUUGCUGAUGGAGAGCUAGAAUCUACGGGAUUUUCAGCUCGCUAUAAUUUCACACCUGAUCCUGACUUUAAGGACCUUGGAGUUUUGAAACCAUUACCAGUGUGUGAGUUUGAGCUGGGCGGAACUGAUGGCAUUGUGGAGUCUGUGCAGAUUGCGAAGGAAGGGAAAGCUCCGGCCACAGAAGCGAUUGAUUGUAAAUGGUACAUCCGAGCGCCUCCACGAUCCAAGAUAUACUUACGGUUCUUGGACUAUGAGAUGCAGAAUUCAAACGAAUGCAAAAGGAAUUUUGUGGCUGUCUAUGAUGGGAGCAGUUCAGUGGAGGAUUUGAAAGCUAAAUUUUGUAGCACGGUGGCAAAUGACGUCAUGCUACGCACGGGCCUCGGUGUUAUCCGCAUGUGGGCAGAUGAGGGCAGUCGAAACAGCCGAUUCCAGAUGCUCUUCACAUCUUUCCAAGAACCUCCCUGUGAACCCAAUGCAUUCUUUUGCCAUAGUAACAUGUGUAUUAAUAACACAUUGGUGUGCAAUGGACUCCAGAACUGUGUGUAUCCUUGGGAUGAAAACCACUGCAAAGAAAAGAGAAAGGCUAAUCUCCUGGAUCAGCUCACCAAUACCAGCGGGACCAUCAUUGGGGUGACGUCCUGCAUCGUCAUCAUCCUCAUCAUCGUCUCGGUCAUCGUCCAGAUCAAACAGCCUCGAAAAAAAUUUGUCCCGAGGAAACCCGACUUCGACCAGACGGUGUUCCAAGAGGUGUUCGAGCCACCUCACUAUGAACUAUGCACUCUGAGGGGGUCAGCUUCUGCAGCAGAUUUUGCAGAGGUUGCAGAUGACUUUGAAAAUUAUCAUAAACUGCGGAGAUCGUCCUCAAAAUGCAUUCACGACCAUCACUGUGGAUCACAGCUGUCUAGCACUAAGGGCAGCCGGAGUAACCUCAGCACAAGAGAUGCUUCCGUCUUGACCGAAAUUCCACCCCAACCCACCAAGCCCCUCAUCCAGCCCACAAACAGGAGAAACAUUCUGGUCAUGAAACAUAGCUAUUCCCAGGACGCUGCUGAUGCGGGUGAAGUGGACGAAAUAGAAGAGGUCCCAACCACGAGCCACAGGCUGUCCAGGCACGAGAAAGCUGUCCAGCGGUUCUGCCUCAUUGGGUCUCUAAGCAAACAUGAAUCUGAAUACAACACCACUAGGGUCUAGAAGGAAAACUCAAGAGAAGAACUGUUUAUACAAACAUGGGGACUGUGAAAAAGAAAAAUCUAUAGUGAAUUGUGACCAGUGGACAUGCAGUAUUUCUAAAUUCAUUCCACUGCCUUUAUCCAAACCUAAGAAUUACAGACAUGCAUUGUUCCUUCUGCAAGACCCCUGCUGCACAAUGAUGUUUCUUUUGUAAUUUGGUUGCUGGCCACCAAGUGCUCCUUAGUUUUUAAAUACGUUUUUGAGAUUUACUGGAAACUUGAAGAAGAAAUUAGUUCCUGAUUAAGACCAUCACAGCUUCGUUUUGAUUGUGACUUUUACUUUUCUUUCUCUGUUGUUCGUGUCUUUGUUACCCACUUGUUUAUUGUGCGAUAUGUGAAAGAAACUUAUUUUCCAUGAACUCUGUGUUACAAGUACAAUAUUUCCAUCGUAUAAACUGCUUGAAAAUGAUGCAUUCUUGGGGGAUUUUUGAGCACGCUCCAAUGAAAUGUGAAAAUACCGACCUUGGAGACAUCUGCUAGAAGUUUUAAGGACUCCAAUCAACUAUUCCUGUAGGGUGAUAAAAUGGAGAUUGCCAUAGGAAAAUGAUGGAUUUUUUUCCCACUUGCUGUAAUUUCUCUUAUGUUUGUUUUUGUCACAAAGGAAGUCACCCAGUUUCAGGAACAAUUUAUUGAAAUCAGGUAUUUAGCCAUUACUAAGAACUUCCAUAGAAACCUUUGGUUAUUUGUUAAGCAUUUAGCAAUAUGAAUAAUUGACAAUUUGAGAAACUAUGCUGCUGCAUGUCUAUGCUGGAUACUUGAGUUGACAAAGAUCCUUUUCAUUAGAAACAUUGUAAAAAGCAUGCAUUCAUAAAUACCCCUGUUACUGUUGCAUUUCUUUGCAUCAAGUGCUCGCUACUUGUAACUUUUUAUAAAAAGAGACAUAAAACUAUGUAUAAUAAUUUCCUAUCCCAAGUUUAAGGAAAGACUUUAUUUUACAAAGGAUAAAUUAAUACAAAAUGUUCAAGAGUAAUUUUCACAUUCUGGCUUUCAGAUUUCUUCAUAAUGAGGUAUCAUAAAUUUCCAUAAAUCUUUUAUUUUAAAAUUUUCUGUGAACAUUCAUGUGCUUUGGCAACCAAGAGAAAAGAGAUGCUCCACUCCAGAUUGGAAAAUCA